ACAUUAGAGCUUUUUUAAAACCCUCCCCGCUCUUAAACCUGCAGGGCUUUAGCUUUGGGCGUUUCUGUCACGUCUAAUCUUUUGGGUAUUCUGAAGAUGGAGAUUGACGAGGGCACAUCUCCCAGCUAUUUUGACCCUGAAAAUCUCAGUACAAGAGAGCGUUUUCGUCGAUACGGGAAAAGGAGUUCAGGUUCAAGCCUAUCUCCUCAUCGGGAACGAUCUACUGCUAGGGUCAGUGAGGUUAGAUCGAAUGGAGCACUUCUCAUGGAGAACAUCAAACAAGAAGUUGAAAGUAUUGAUGCUGAUGUAACACCUUCUCGAAUACAAACCGCCUUUAAGAGUAGACCGUCUCUUGAUAGCCAUGGGAUAUUAGAGAUAGAUACUGAUGAUUUGAUUCGUCGCGGUGGAAGUAUUUCCCUUAGAACUUGCAAGGAGGAGCAUGAUGCAUCACCGGACAGUGGAGACUCAACAUUUUCUUUAUUUGCAUCUCUACUGGAUUCAGCUCUUCAAGGUGCUUACUAGUAAAAUUGUGUUGACCUAAUAUAA